AACUCUUAGAAUUGGAUAAUGUAACGACAACUGUUGCUGCUGCAGCUAGAGUUCUACUACGCGUCAUCAUCAUCAUAUCAGUAUCAAAAAUUAAAGUGAGUAUAAAUAUAAAAACGAUAAACACAUCCUUUCAUUUAACUUCUACUGUACGAAAUUUAAAAAAACAAGCAAACAUACUCUGUGUUUGCUUUUUUUUGACUGACUGGUCUUUGGCUCCAUUACAACUAUCCAGACUGAUUUCUUUUAUUUUCAUUUCUGAGUCACUCGUCUAACCAAUAAUAUUUGCAGAUGGAGACUUUUAAUUAUAUAAUACUUCUAUUUUCUCCAGAGAUUAGCGCCAUCUAUUAACAGUAUUAUGGAUAGAUUAAAACACGAGGGUCACGAACAUAUUGUACAGUUAAUACAGUCUUGAGAGUAGAGACAAACAAAGAAAAAACGCUGCUCGUAUAAUCACGAAUGUACUAUAUAAAUGGAUCCUAAGAUCGUACACAAAUGACGUCCUGAUGAACACAAUGCGUCUUUUUCAACACAAAGAAAACAGAUCUUAGAGGAAGAGAUAGAACAACAUACAAGAAACAGCUUUCAUCGAUUUACCAUUUCUUGAUGCUGCAGCACUAUAAAUAGAAGAAAGAAAGAUAAAAAUUAAAAAUUAGUGCAAAGUCUUAACGGUUUGCGUCUUAUUAAAGCUGUAGUAACAACAGAAAGAUAAAAAGCUUGAAGGUCGUUACAAAAACCCAUGUAGUCUUUUUUUUUAAAUUCAUCCGCAGCGUUAGGCAUUCUUUAUAAGUUGAAAACAAAGACUAAAUACUUACUCAUGCACGACAGAUAUAUCAUCAUUAUUUCCAUCAUUCUCUUCAUUUUCUGAUAUACGACCACGUUUUUUAGCAACAGAAACUCUGGUUUUUGAUUUAAUUAGUCUUGAAGCAACGGCAGGCUGGGAUAAUGAUGACGAUGAAGAAGCAGCAGCAUUGCCAUUUGUUCUAACUCGAAGACCAUCUGGCAUAGGAGUUAAACGUGUUGUUGCUGCUGUUAAUGAACUUUGUUGUGAACCUGUAUUUACUGAAUCUUCACUGCCUGUGCUACGACGAUUAGAAGAUAAGGAAAAAGCAGUUGAAGUUAUUGUUGUUGCGACUACAGUGACUAAUAUAUCUCAAGAAUACGCUGGACAUAAUGAUUCUAGAAUACCUGUUAAUACAUCUCACUCGACCUAUGAAGAAACUGAUAUUGAUUCAAAUGCUCAUACUACUGCCGACGAAAAUAUUAUAUUCAACCAUCAAGAUUAUGCAACAACAAAUAAUACCGAUCCUGUUCCUGCAUAUACCAAUGAUUUAAGUCAUGGAAAUAUACAAAUGUUAAGCAAAAUUGAAGAACGAUUAAGACUGAAUAUUCUACGUUUACUUAUUAAUUUAAAAAAUAAUAAUGCAACGGAAACAUGUAUUGAAAUAUGUUCCAGAGAUCUUAUUAAUGUUUUAAAUGAGUACAAGGAUUUAGAUUAUGUUUUUAAUAAAAAGAAACAAAGGCAAAUUCUCCGUAUUCAUCAAGUUCAAUAUAUCCCUUUUAAAGAAUCUCUUAUCAAUCUUCUCAAGAAACCUGAAGUUUAUGAAUCAUUAGAUUGUCGAAGUCGAUCAAGAAUUAUGACUGAUUUGUCUACAGGAUCAUUUUGUGAACAACACAACUUAUUCAAGAUACCUGAUAGUUUAAAAAUAAUUUUGUUUUACGAUGAUCUUGGUAUCAACAAUCCUCUUGGUUCUCGAGCAAAGUCGGUCGGAAUGUUUUAUUGGACAUUAGCUAAUUUACCUAGGUGA